CCCACUCCCCCUCUCUGCUUUCAGCAUCCAAAACAAACAUGGCUCUCAAAAACACACUUGCAGUGUUGCUACUUGCAUUGCUCUUUGCAGCAGUCUCCAUUGCUGAUGAAUACCCUAAACCUAUUCACAAGCCUCCGUUCCAAAAGCCACCCUAUGAGAAGCCUCCAUACCAUAAGCCACCAUUCGAGAAACCACCACACGAGAAGCCACCCUUUGAGAAGCCACCACAUGAGAAGCCACCAUAUGAAAAACCACCACACGAGAAGCCACCCUAUGGAAAGCCACCCCAUCAGGAGGAGCAAGUAGAGAAGGUUGAGGUUAAUGGCUACUACAAGCCACCACAACACCAUGAGCCUCGUCCUUACAAGCCACCGUAUGGAGGUGGUGGACACGGCGGUCACCACCCUCCGGCUGAGAAUGAGGAGACUGACGGUUACUACAAACCACAUCCACACCCAUACAAGCCACACCCACCUCAUCACGGCCACUGGCCUCCAACUGCCAACUAAAUGCAUGUAUCAUGUAUGCUUGUUAGUAUGGUGAUGGUUACGGUGAUUUCAAAUGUUAAAUAAAAUGCGGCUUAGGAUAGUAGUUGCCGCUACUCUUUGCUGCUUAUACUCAUGUAAUCAUCGUUUUCUUCUAAUACUUUACUUCCAUCUCUA